AUGGACAUGAUUCCUUCAGUCUUCCGACACUCAUCUCAGAUGACGAAUUUGCGCCUGAUCACGUACCUCGGCAUUGUCCUGAUCGUCGUUUUCCUCUUAUUAUCGACUCUUCGUGUGGCUUUCAGAGCAGACCUCCGAAAGGUCCCAGGGCCCGUGGUUGCUCGUUUUUCUGGUUUAUACCGACUUUCGCUCGUCUACUCAGGGAAGGCCCCUUUGGAAUACCGCAAAGUGCACGGGAAAUAUGGACCGAUCAUUCGCGUCGGGCCAAAUCAUGUCUCAAUCGCAGAUCCCGCAGCCGUGCCUCAAAUCUACGGAAUAGGGAGCAACUAUCUCAAGUCGAAUUUUUACGUCGUUUUCAGCCCUUAUUACAAGGACAAGCCGAUGGAGAGUUUAUUCUCAACUCGGGAUCCCAGCUACCAUAAGAAUCUGAAGAAGCCAGUCGCCCAGCUAUUCUCUAUGACCAACACGAGAAACUAUGAAGACUACGCGGACGAAUGCACCAAGAUCUUCAUUGAUGCCAUGACCGACUUACAGGGCCAGUCGGUCGACCUGUCUGUCUGGCUUCAAUGGUACGCCUUCGAUGUCAUUGCCUUGAUCACCUUUCAGCGAAAAUUUGGUUUCAUGGAACAACGUCGGGAUGUUGACCACAUGAUCAAGAAUCUUGAAUUCGCCCUUCAAUAUGCCAAACUCGUGGGCCAAUUCCCGUUCCUUCACCGCUGGUUGGUAGGAAAUAAGACCUUUAUGCGUACCUUGGAGAGACUGUGCGGAGAAUUGCCCGAUCCUCUGUCACGCUUCGUAGAGAUCACCGAAGACGAAAUUGCGAGAUACGAUAGCGAAGAGAAAGGAGCAGGAAGAACGGAUUUUCUCGCACAGCUCAGGGCGAAAGAAGCCAAGGACGGCCAAAUCCCUUACCGAGACAUGGUAAACCAUUUGUCGAACAAUAUUCUGGCAGGCUCUGAUACGACAGCAAUCUCAUUACGCGCUUGCUUUUACUAUCUGAUGAAAACGCCCGCUGCCUAUGCCAAACUCGUCUCAGAGAUCGACAAUGCAGACAAGAAUCAUCAGCUGUCGACCUUCGUGACGUACGAAGAAUGUUUGAAACUUCCAUAUCUUCAAGCAGUAAUGAAGGAAGCUCUACGAAUCCACCCUGGGGUUGCAUUUCCCCUAGAGAGAUAUGUUCCACCAGAAGGUGCUACAAUCUGUGAUUUAGAACUAUCUGGAGGCACCAAUAUUAGCAUGAAUGCGGCUGUGAUUCAUAUGAACAAGGAUGUCUUUGGUGAUGACACAGAUCAGUUCCGACCCGAGCGGUGGGUCGAAGCGUCGCCAGAGCAAUUAAAAUACAUGGACCGGAGUUUUAUGGCCUUCGGCUACGGCGCUCGGACCUGUAUUGGGAAAAAUAUCUCAAUCUUGGAGAUGGGCAAAUUCAUCCCCCAGAUCUUCCGAUAUUUUGAUCUGGAAUGGGCGUCUCCGGACCCAGAGUGGAAAACUGACGCUGCCUGGUUUUGGAAACAGUCGGGAGUGAUUGUCAAAUUCAAACCGCGUCGAACGUCACUGUGA